AGAGGGAGAGAGAGAGAGAGAGAGAUAGAGAGAGAGAGAGAGAGUGAGAGUGGGUGAGUGAAUGAGUGAGUGGAUAUGGGAGUAACAGAAUGAGAGCUCAGCCCAGGUUUAUGUAAAGCCGCUCCUGUCAGUUGUUCUGUAGUCUGUAAUCUACGCUCCGCUCCAGUAACUGAAAGGCGUUUGGACUCGUGUUUUCCAGCAGUCCCCGCUGCUGUGAACAGCGCCACGCUGUAAGCUGUGAGCUCCGUGUCACACAGCGCUCUUCACUAACCGGAGCGAGCGUCUCGGCUGUGACAGAGGCAGAGAAAAGCCUAAACUGUGUGGAUGCGAAAGAGGAGGUGAACACGAAUGAGACGGAUAAAUGGUUCGCCUGUGGUUUCGUUUAAUCGGCUUCUGACCCCCGAAAGGAGCUGCGCUGUGUCCAGCCAUGGAAGUGGGACGGAGAUUUCUGACCAGAUGCUGCUCUCUCUUGCCUUAGCUUCCCCAAAGCUGACUAAAUGGACACGAUGCUACUCGCCUCCGCCGCGGUGGUGUGGGAAUGGCUGAACGAGCACGGGCGCUGGCGGCCCUACAGCCCGGCCGUGUCUCAUCACAUCGAGGCGGUGAUACGAAGCGAUCCUCGGGGCGGCAGCGUCGUACUAGGCCAAGUCGACAACCGCCUCUCGCCCUAUAUCAUUGACUUGCACUCAAUGCACCAGUUCAGACAGGACACAGGUACAUUAAGGCCAGUACGACGGAGUUUCUAUGAUCCUACUUCAGCACCAGGCCAAGGCUGGCUGUGGGAGUGGGAGAAUGAUGCGGGUUCUUGGACACCGUACGACAUGGAGGUCUGCAUCGCCCUGCAAGCGGCGAAGGACCGCCAGCAGCCCUGGUUGGACCUGGCACCACUUGGCUUCUGCUACCUCGUGGACUUCCAGAGCAUGACUCAGGUCAACCGACAAACACAGAGACGCCGCCGCAUUCAGAGACGCUCAGACAUAGCUUACCCACUGGUCUCUGGGCCACUGCCGAAAGCCUCCCAGGCUUGGGGAGCUGGUACUGGAGGGGCAGCUGGUGGAAUGCCGUCAGGUGGAGGCUCAACUGGAGGACUUCUGGGUGUAGGAGUGUCUGGUUCUAGCUCAAGUGAUAAUGGGAGCGCGAUUUAUCCUAGUGGAACUCUUUCAAUGUCGUCUCUUGCCCCUCUUGGACAGCCAUGUGCCUGCCAGCAGUGUAUGCUUGUCUUAAGUGUGAAAGCAAAUGCCUUGGCUUCACACACACUAGGGCGCAGACCUCCUCAAAUGAAGCCCCCAAGUCCUAAGUCCAGCCUAGGGACACUUCCCUCCUUGUCUAAGACUUCAUCCAUGUCUAAUUCAUAUUCACAGACGCUGCCUCAUGGGCUGUCCUUUAACCGCUCCCUCUCGCAAGAACGCAAGAACGCUGCUGCCUUUGCUCAUUCGCUGUCCAUGCUCACCUCGAACACUGCCACCCUUUCGCUGUCCUCUGGUCGUCCACCUCCUCCACCUUUGCCCCCUCCUCCACCUCCUUCAGGAUCCAGCCAGCAGCCUUUAACUGUGCCAAACUGCUCCUCAACAUCUCCUCCGUCAGUGCCAACUGCAACGCUCAUCACUGUGGCAUCGAGCACCACAUUGUGUUCACCCACACCUUCGCCUUCAGCAACAGUUCCGCCUCAGCGUUCCACGGCAUGUGCCGCUCCUCUGCCUCCUCGUGCCAGUCUUGCAGGGCUGAGCCGGCCAGCUCUACAAAGAAUCGCCAUGGCACAGUCACGUGCGCUCAUUGCCUCUGGAGUACCGACAGUACCUGUAAAGAACCUCAAUGGCUCCAGCCCUGUUCAUCCAGCUUUAGCAGGAAUCACCGGCAUUCUAAUGAGCGCUGCAGCGCUGCCUGUGUGUUUGACUCGUCCUCCUAAACUGGUGCUGCACCCUCCUCCUGUCAGUAAGAGUGACAUCAAACCCAUCCCUGGCCUUGGACACUGCUGCCGCAAAACCACCAAAAAACAGGCUCGCAAGGGCAAGACUCCUGAAGAAGUAGUGAAGAGGUACUUGCAGAAAGUCAGAAAUCCUCCUGAAGAGGACUGCACUAUCUGUAUGGAGGCUCUGACCGGUCCCUCUGGGUAUAAAGGCCCAGGCGUGGGUGGUGUGUCGCGUGCAGAGUCAGUGGGUCGACUGGCACAAUGUGGCCAUCAGUACCAUCUGCAGUGCUUGGUUGCUAUGUACAACAAUGGCAACAAAGACGGCAGCCUACAGUGCCCCACGUGCAAGACCAUCUAUGGUGUGAAGACGGGCAACCAGCCACCCGGCAAGAUGGAGUACCAUGUCAUCCCCCAUUCACUGCCAGGACACCCUGACUGCAAAACCAUCCGCAUUAUUUAUAACAUACCACCCGGCAUACAGAGCCCUGAGCACCCGAACCCAGGAAAGCCAUUCACUGCAAGAGGAUUUCCCCGUCACUGCUAUCUUCCAGACAGCGAGAAAGGACGCAAGGUGUUGAGGCUUUUGCUGGUAGCUUGGGACAGGCGACUGAUUUUCUCAGUGGGCACCUCCAGCACCACUGGCGAGUCAGACACGGUUAUCUGGAACGAAGUUCACCACAAGACUGAGUUUGGCUCCAACCUCACGGGCCAUGGGUACCCUGACCCUGGCUACUUAGAUAAUGUGCUGGAAGAGCUGAAAGCCCAAGGCAUCACAGAGGAGGAUGGACAGCAGCUGUGAGGAGCAGGAGAAAGGAGGCAAAAAGUCCAAACAAAAGGAGAAGGCUGGAUGUGUGAGAAAUGGACAUAGAAUGGAGAGAAGAAUGACUGGACAAACUUUUUUUGUGUGUUGGUGGUGCUGAUUUUGGAAGAGUCGUUUCUGGGGCACGCGUGUGUAUGUGUGUGUGUGUGUGUGUGUGUGUGUGUGUUUGUGUGUGUGUGUGUGUGAGAGUGAGAGAGAGAGAGAGAGAGAAGCUGUGAGUGAGUUAGUGACAGCAAUGACUUUACAUCAGAGGAAAAGAAAGAUCAGAUCCUAACUUACAUGUUGCUGUGUUGUGGGCCCAGUAUUUUAGAUAUAUGCAUAUUAAUGCGUACUGUGGUUUAUCUAAACCAGGCGUGCCCAGCCCUCCAGCUGAAGUUCUGUUCUUUUUUAGUAUCAAUCCUAGACUGACACUUCAGGUUCUGAUAUUCUGAUGCUCCUGAAGAUCUGGAUAAGUUAGAAUAGGUGUGUCUGAUUAGGGCUGGAAUUAUACCUGGAAGAGAAUUAACUCUUGAAUAAAUCCCAUAUCUAUUUGCCUAUAGAUCUCUGUAGUGGUUCUGGGUACUGAAUAAUAGACUCUGGGGCUUUAGUGCUGUAGCACUAAUACCACUGCACUUAUAAAGGAAACUGGGCUAUAGUUGAAAGGUGGUGAUAACUGAAAGAUACAUGGAAUGAAGGAAGAGAAGGUAUAUUGGCUGAAAGAUUAGAAGACUGGGAGGGGGAAGGAAUAGAGGCGAGACAAAGAGAAGGAACUAAGAGAAAGAAUGAAUAAACGAAAGGCCAAAGAAAGUAGUUUUAACCUUAUUUGCUGAUACAUUAGGUAGUUGUCUAGCUGAAGCUGUAAUGAAAGACUGUGCCUAGUGUGUGUGUGUGUGUGUUUGUGUGUGUGUGUGUGUGUGUUUGUGUGUGUGUGUGUGUGUGUGUGUGCACGCUUGUAGGAGAAAGUGCAAAAGAGCAAGAUCCUUGAUGAACCCACUUGUGCCCUCAAAUGAUUUGUGCUCUUUUCCUCAGAAACAUUCCUUUUUAUGGCCACUUAUGAUUGAGAGUUACAUAAACAGCAUCAUGAGUACUUAACUUGCAUUAUAAUUGAUAUUAUCUUGUAAUUCCAUUCCAUGUGUUAGAUUUAUCUACUCAUGUUUUUAUUGUAUUAUUUUUUGUAAAAGUUGUGGAUGUGGUAUGGCUCAAAGAGCAAAUUAGUGAGACUGUUGAAGUACCCCUUCACAGAGUCGUGAUCAUUUACUAGUUUCUUAGGACAAAGAUAACGUUUAGGUUGGAACUGAAAAGCAAUUGUUCACAGUUGUUCUUAAUUAAAAUGUCUUAUACAG